CGGAUUACGAGUCCGGACGUCCGCACGUGGUUGCCGGUUCUUUGGCUGCAGCCGUAGUGAAGCUACUUUGUACGGCUGCCCCAAAGCUAGGAACCCGAACGCCGCAGCGGCAGCCAUGGAGAGCCAGAGCGUGGAUGAGCUGCUGGCUAAGGCGGAGCGGGAGGAGGCGGAGAAGCUGCAGCGCAUCACGGUGCACAAGGACCUGGAGCUGGAGUUCGACCUGGGCAACUUGCUGGCUUCGGACCGCAACCCCCCGACGGUGCUGCGCCAGGCCGGGCCCUCGCCGGAGGCCGAGCUGCGAUCCCUGGCGCGGGACAACACGCAGCUGCUCAUCAACCAGCUGUGGCAGCUGCCGACCGAGCGCGUGGAGGAGGCGGUGGUCGCGCGCUUACCCGAGCCGCUCACGCGCCUGCCCCGCGAGAAGCCGCUGCCCAGGCCGCGGCCGCUCACCCGCUGGCAGCAGUUCGCCCGCCUGAAGGGCAUCCGUCCCAAGAAGAAGACCAACCUCGUGUGGGACGAGGUGAGUGGCCAGUGGCGCCGCCGCUGGGGCUAUAAGCGCGCCCGGGACGACACCAAGGAAUGGCUGAUCGAGGUGCCUGGGGGCGCCGACCCCAUGGAAGACCAGUUCGCCAAGAGGAUUCAGGCCAAGAAGGAACGCGUGGCGAAGAACGAGCUGAACCGGCUGCGGAACCUGGCCCGAGCUCAUAAGAUGCAGAUGCCCAGCUCAGCUGGCCUGCACCCGACGGGACACCAGAGCAAGGAGGAGCUGGGCCGCGCCAUGCAAGUGGCCAAGGUCUCCACCGCUUCGGUGGGGCGCUUCCAGGAGCGCCUCCCCAAGGAGAAGGCUCCCCGGGGCACCGGCAAGAAGAGGAAGUUUCAGCCCCUCUUUGGAGACUUUGCAGCCGAGAAAAAGAGCCAGUUGGAGCUCCUCCGGGUCAUGAACAGCAAGAAGCCUCAGCUGGACGUGACGAGGGCCACCAACAAGCAGAUGAGGGAAGAGGACCAAGAAGAGGCUGCCAAGAGGAGGAAAAUGGGCCAGAAGGGCAGGAGAAAGGGGGGCCGGCAGGGACCCCCGGGCAAGAGAAACGGCGGACCGCCGGGCCAGGGAGAGAAGAGGAAAGGCGGCCUGGGAGGCCGGAAGCCUUGGCCUUCUGCUUUCGGUGGCAAGAAGAAAGGAGCGCCGCAUCAAGGUGGGAAGAGGAACAAGUAGUAGGCUCCCCGCUGGACCUGCUGUGCCAAGCUACGACUGUCUGUACUGAGGGUUAAGUUGUGCACGCUGCAGGCCGGUGCGGGCAGUGGCCCCUGCCCUCGUCGAGCUUGAGAUUGAAAGGGCUGGUUUGCCUCCCCUCAGGGGAGUCAGUGCUGGA